AUGGCCAUCUCGGCCGUCCUCCUCGGUCUGACACCAACCAUCCUGCAGUCGCUUGCCUGCAGCACCCUCGACCUUGCCUUUCUGAGCCUGCGCCGGCCGGUGCUCGCCUUGAUGCUGGCCGUGGGGAGCCCCAUAGUAUCGCCAACGCGGGCCAUGGCGUUCCAGCGGGGCGUCGAGGAGGUGGUCGCCAAGGGGGCGGCGGCGGCGGCGGCCCCCCCGAACGCGCCCCACCACCACCCGCGGCCGCUCCCCCGGGGCUGGUGGCUCGUCGCGCUGGCGCAGUACGCCGCGGCGGGCGGCUGCGUCGCCAACAUGGCGAACCUGUCGUACGAGCUCGGCGUGCACGCCAUGACCGUCAUCAGCCCCCGGUUCACGCACCAGGUCGCGCUCUGGGGCGCCCUCGUCGCGCUCGUCCACGUCGGCGCGUCCGUCGGGCUGCGGCUGCGCGUCCGCGUCGAGGGCCGCGCGCCGCCGGAUCGCGACGCGGGGCUCCCAAGGGCCCUGGCCGCGCUGCCGGGCUGGAUGCGGGACGAGGUCGUGCCGUCGGCGUACAACAGCACCAUGUCUUUUAGCAACCUCCACGACGGCUUGUGGUUCAGUCUGUUGUCGUGGGCGGCAUCUGCAGCCAACGUGGCGAUUACUUUGUAUAGCACAGUCGUGCUCUCGGGUCUCUUGUUUUUUUCCAUCCGAGACAGCCUGACCAUCGUGGCGAGGUACAUGGUCAGCGUGAUUGUCUGUCGGGCCGUGUUUGCGCUUGAGCGGAUAGGAGCUCAAGCAUUAAUCCAGCCUUCAUCGGCAAUAUGCAGCAUACCAACGAGUACAUCCCGUGGAGGGGGCACUAUCGUUGUCGUUAGUUAUACACAGCCAUCCAGCUACAGAACCAAGCUGGCAUCGAGGCACCAAGACACCAGGCAGCAGGCACCGCCUCUGCUGCUGCUUGCGGCGGCGCUGCCUAUAAAAAACAUGAUUGCUGGAUUGAUAAAGGCCGCGGAAGUGGGUGCUGGUGCUGGUUAA